CUUUCAGCGUAGGCGGAAUGUGUUUCAGAGUAGCAAGCCGAGGAACAGUUGGACUGUUCGUCCUGCUCUAGGAUCUUUCCGUGCCGUUCCUCCCCCUUGCUCUAGCCGAGAGCGAGCCCGAGAGACCAUCGCCUCCUCCGUCCCGGCCGUCGCCGCUGACCACCUCAUCGGCCGCCGUAUACAAAACCCUAGCACAGGGAAACUGCGACGCAGUCCACCAGUCCGAUCUCGUUUUCCCCAGGGAGCGUCAGUGCCCCGCGGCGGUGCGUGCCGAGGCCGUGGAAAGCAGAGGGGAACUGCAGAAUCCCGGAAGCUGAGCCACGAGGUAUCCGGAGCAGUUGAACCACGAGGCGGACGGAUGGACGAGCUCGACAGCGGCGAUAAGGGAGUCGCUGGCCCCGGCCCCGGCCCCGCACCUGGCGACGACGGGAGCGCUGCGCCGUUCCCUGAUACGGUCCAAAUUGGGAAUUCACCAACCUAUAAACUUGGAAGAAAGCUUGGCAAGGGGGGGUUUGGACAAGUAUAUGUUGGUCGACGUACUUCAUCUCCUAGUCUUGGUGACAGGAACCCUGGUGCAAAUGCUUUGGAGGUUGCACUAAAAUUUGAGCAUCGAACCAGCAAAGGUUGCCAUUAUGGAGCUCCAUCUGAAUGGCAGGUUUACAACACUCUUAGUGGAAAUCAUGGUGUCCCACGGGUACACUACAAAGGAAAGCAGGGCGACUUUUACAUUAUGGUUAUGGAUAUGUUGGGACCAAGCCUGUGGGAUGUUUGGAAUAAUAAUUCCCAUUCGAUGUCUGUUGAGAUGGUUGCUUGUAUAGCUAUAGAAGCCAUCUCCAUACUUGAGAAGAUGCACUCGAAAGGGUAUGUCCAUGGUGAUGUGAAACCUGAGAACUUUCUGCUUGGUCUGUGUGGUACCCUGGAAGAGAAGAAACUUUUUCUCGUUGACCUUGGGCUGGCUACAAAAUGGAAGGAGGCUGGAAAUGGGCAGCACAUUGGAUAUGACCAGAGACCUGAUGUAUUUAGGGGGACUGUUCGCUACGCUAGUGUGCAUGCUCACUUGGGAAGAACUGGAAGUAGGAGAGAUGACCUUGAAUCCCUAGCGUACACACUUAUUUUUCUUCUACGUGGCCGUCUACCUUGGCAAGGACUCCAGGGAGAGAACAAAGGUUUUCUUGUCAGCAAGAAAAAGAUGGCAACCUCUCCAGAAUCUCUGUGUGCCAUUUGUCCACAAUCUUUUCGACAAUUUGUUGAGUACGUCGUGAAUUUGAAGUUUGACGAAGAACCCAAUUAUGCAAAGUGCAUCUCUCUUUUUGAUGGUAUUGUUGGUCCAAAUCCAGACAUCAGACCAAUACACACUGAUGGCGCUCAGAAGCUCAUAUACCAGGUUGGUCAGAAACGAGGCCGCAUCUUAGUGCAGGAAGAUGAUGAGCAACCUAAGAAGAAGAUUAGAAUGGGAAUGCCGGCAACUCAGUGGAUCAGUGUUUAUAGUGCCCGGCGGCCUAUGAAGCAGAGGUACCACUACAAUGUUGCAGAUGAUAGAUUAGUGCAACAUAUUCUGAAAGGAAAUGAAGAUGGCUUGUUCAUAAGUUCAGUUUCCUCUUCCUCAAAUCUGUGGGCUUUAAUAAUGGAUGCUGGCACUGGUUUUACUUCUCAAGUACAUGAAAUCUCUCAUCACUUCCUUCACAAGGAAUGGAUACUGGAGCAGUGGGAGAGAAAUUACUAUAUCACCGCGUUGGCCGGUGCAAAUAGUGGAAAUUCCUUAGUUAUCAUGUCAAGAGGAACACAGUAUGCACAGCAAUCCUACAAAGUAAGUGAUUCUUUUCCCUUCAAAUGGAUAAACAAAAAGUGGAAGGAGGGCUUCUAUGUCACCGCCAUGGCUACAGCUGGAAGUCGAUGGGCAAUCGUCAUGUCCCGAAAUGCUGGUUUCUCUGAUCAGGUAGUGGAGCUUGAUUUCUUAUAUCCGAGCGAGGGUAUCCAUCAUCGUUGGGAUAAUGGUUAUCGCAUCACUGCAACAGCCGCCACAUUGGACCAGGCAGCGUUUAUCUUGAGCAUCCCUAGACGAAAGCCUAACGAUGAAACUCAGGAGACCCUAAGAACAUCUGCUUUCCCAAGCCAGCAUGUGAAGGAAAAAUGGUCAAAAAAUCUUUACCUAGCAUCCAUCUGCUAUGGAAGAGCAGUUUCAUGAAGCCUGUUUUUGUGAUUUGGUUCUUGGUAAGAUCUACUAAUAUGAACCGCCGAUGACAAGGGGAAUUUUGAAAUGCGAACAAUACUAAUUUACUUACCAUAACUAACCAAAGGUAACCUGUGACGAAAGAGGAUGUACCAAGAUUAAGAAGCCUUGUGCUUUGUUGCUGUGGUUAUGUUGUGUAUAAAUUAUCAUAGUGUAAUGUUGUAAAGGUAAAAUUGUAUUUCAUUAACUGUCAUCUCUAUGAAGUUUUAGUCUGUUCCUUGAGAAAAAGUAUCACAGUAUUGUAGUACAAGACUGGAACAGUAUUGGCUCCGGAACAUUGUGCUGAUUUCGCUGUUUAUGCAACUGUUGCCGCUGGAUUGAAAUUUUCGGAACAAUACUUUCA